UGCUGUAUUGUUGCUGGGGCUUGUGGGAAAUAAACAUGGAAGCUGAUACGCCGUCUAUGUGUUCAUGGUGUCUUCCUCGGUGUCAGCUUUUGACAAGAAUGGCAAACUGAUAAAAUGGUGUGAAUCGCCAUGUCAGAUCUUCUGCUCAGAGAAAUGGAGGAGGUCACUCUAUACCAGCCGAAAAGGGAGGGCGAGGAGGCGGGGAACGGCAGGAGUUUCCUCUUGGUGGACGAAAACGAGAAUCUGCAGGUACAGGAUGAGCAGGAUUUCCUGGAGAGGCUGGACUGCCGGGCGGUGGAGGGGGUCAAGGUGCUCUCCGUCUUCGGGAACACGGGCGACGGGAAGUCCCACACGCUGAACCACUGCCUGUUCGGGGGGGAGGAGGUGUUCCCCACCUCACCCCUGCAGGACUCCUGCACCGUGGGGGUGUGGGCAGCCUUCGAUCCUGCGCUGGGGCUGGUGGCGCUGGACACGGAGGGCCUCCUGGGCGCCAGCGGCAAUCAGAACCAGCGCAUGCGACUGCUGCUCAAGGUGCUGGCGGUGUCAGACGUGGUGGUCUACCGCACGCGGGCCGAGCGGCUGCACAACGACAUGUUCCAGUUCCUGGGCAGCGCCUCCAGCGCCUACGUGCGCCACUUCACCCGCGAGCUCCGUGCCCUGUCAAGCCGCUGCGGGCUAGAGGUGCCCCUGUCCAGCCUGGGCCCAGCCGUCAUCGUCUUCCAAGAGACCUCCCGCACCAGGCUGCUCGGCUGGGAGAGCAGCACGCCCGGUCAGGCAGACAUCCUGCUGCAGAAGCGCUUCCACGAGCUGGGGCUGUCCACCGAGGCGUUCAGCUCCGUGCAGUACGUGGGCACGCAGACCGUCAGCCCCCCCACAGACUACUCAGGACUGCUGAGCGCCCUCAAACAGCAAGUGAGGAACACAGCCACGCGCUCGCCCAGGCCCCCUGCCAUCGUCUUCAGUGCACUGCAGGCUCUGAGUGAGCGGUUCUGCGGAGAGAUCUCGGAUGAGAAGAUCAACCUGUACUGCUUCUUCCCUGACGAGUACUUCACCUGCUCCUCCGUCUGUCUGAGCUGUGGGGUGCGCUGUAAGAAUGGCAUGAAUCACCUGAGAGACAACAUUCCUCACCUGGCUGAGGGCCUGUGCCAGUAUGCACACCAGUACAACAACAAGGUGCUCAUCUGUAAGAAAUGCUACGAAGGAGGCAGGGAGGUGAUUGUGAUCCCUAAAACAUCAGCGUCCAAUGAGAAUCCCUGGCUUGGACUGGCCAUGUAUGCCUGGUCAGGGUACGUGCUGGAGUGCCCUUGCUGUGGGAUUAUCUACCGCAGCCGGCAGUACUGGAUUGGGAACCAGGACCCAGAGAGCUGUGUGGUGCGGCCCGAGGUCAAGCACGUCUGGCCUGGGAGCGAGACGUUCUUGACGGACCAUCAGAACGCAGCGCAGCGCAUGCUGGACGGGAUGAACUUCGUGAUCCAGUCUGUCUCUGAUUACAGCUCAGGACCCACCAAAGCUGUCACAGCCUGGAUCACUGACCAGGUGGCGCCGCCCUACUGGAGACCAAAUGCAGACAUUACUGCCUGCUCGGGGUGUAAGAAGCUGUUUGAAGAGCUCGAGAGGAAGCACCACUGCCGGGCCUGCGGGGAAGGCUUCUGCCAGGCCUGUUCCAGCAAGACCAUGCCAGUGCCGGAGAGGGGCUGGGGCAACGCGCCCGUCCGCGUCUGCGAUUCCUGCUACCGCCAAGGAGGAGGGGGGAGCGAAGUUCCCAGGACUGAGCCGGUGGGUCUGAUGGCUCGCAGGGUGACAGAGGUGGCUCAGAGCACGGUGGACUUUGUUUCUACUGCGAUGGACUAUCCUCUUGGUUUCGUGAAGGGAGUGGCCCGGCCUGACUACUGGAUACCAGACCACGAGAUCCAGCAAUGUGGGCACUGCAGUAAAGCGUUCUCCCCCAGGAUGUCGAAGCACCACUGCCGGGCCUGCGGGGGCGGGUUCUGUGCCCUGUGCUCGAGCGAGCGGCGCCCGGUGCCGUCCCGCGGCUGGGACCACCCUGUGCGGGUUUGCAUCCACUGCAGCCAGAACAAAGGGGAGCUGUAGGCAAGCCACUCGGGCACUUCUAUUAGCUUUUCCCUUUUAAAGAGAGUCAGAUUUUCUGUUGCUGUUGAUAGGCCUGGGGACUGGUUGUUCAAAUGCAUUGGGGUAUAAAUGUUUUCUUUUGAAAUACUCUUCAUACUAAAUUUAAUAAUAUCUUUUAAUGCAAGCAAAAUUGGAAGCAGAAUACAACUAAAGGCACUCAAGUUGUCUUAAUUGUGGAAUCAGGGCGCUCUGACCAUCACAUGCAAGCAGGGGUUUUGAGUUUAGCUUUUAACCAAUAAACACAGGGAAAGCAAUUCCAGAACACAGUGAAAGCAGUGCUUCCCUUGUAAAUUGUGAAAGAACACUGCAGGCUAUUCUGUGUUCACUUGCCUGUGCUUGGUGUUCAGUGUUUGGCUGCAAUAGAGGGAAGGUGAAUGCUGUAGUUCCUGUCUGUUCUGUUUUUUUUUUUUUAUUAUUUGAGCAGUUUGCAGGAUGCCUCCACACUUCAAACUCCAGCACUCUUGAGCGACACCAGAAAGACCCGGUCAGUUCACUUUUCAGACCUUAGAAAAAACAUAACACCAACUAAACGCUGAAUCACAAAACUGUCUUAAAAGAAACACAGAAAAAGAGAAAAAAUGAACACAGAAAAUGGUGUCCCAGCUAGAAAAAUUAAGAAACCACCAAUGGGACACCUCUUGAAAAUAAAUCAUCCAUAACUUCAGAACAUUCAAUUAGAAUUCGAAGGUAAAAAUAAAUAGUCAAACGUUCAUACACUGAAGAAGACAACGUGUGUCUACUUGACAUAACUUUCUAGUUUGACCUGGGGGUGGUACUUGUAAUUGCUUUUUAAGAGGUAUUUAAUAAAUCCAUGUGUUAAUGUGUAGAUUGAUUUUCAGUGUCAUUUAUGGCUUCGGUACGGCACCUUGUAUGAGAGGAAAAUUCGCUUCCAAUCAGCUUUUAAAACACGCAAUGCAGAAGUUAAUUGCCAUUGAUUGGUACUCUGUUGUAAAGGUGAGGGAAGGACCACUUUUCUUGUUUUGAAAUAAACACAUUAAUUGAUUUAAUACCUACUGAUUUAAAUACUACUUAAGGGCGAUUCCAAGUGUCAGCACACCCUAGUUCUGGCAGUGUAGUGUUGCUCAUCUUUGCUUCAUAGUGAGUAUAGCAUUGCACCCCCACCCCACCAGGUACAGGAUAAAUCUGGGAUUGAUUGGCAUCACUGUGCCACAGCACCCCCUAGUGGUCAGGCUCAAGGCUUGGCCAAGCAGAGAUGGACUGCAUGUCCUUCAGGGCUCAGCACUGUUUCAGUUGGUCUGAUGAAAAGAGGUGACUGACUAGUCAACAAAAAUACAGGAAGCAUGUUGGGUUUCAGUGAGGCAAGAUAAACUCUAGAAUAAACCUUUGCAGGAUUUCUCAUUGACUUUUUAAUAUUAGAAUCUGGAGAUGGAGUGUGAACCCACAGAGCACUUCUGAAAUCAUUGUUCACCGGGGCGCUGAUACAAUGAGUUUAUAUAAUCAGGGCAACAGCAGGUUUUAACAUAGACACGACUCCCAGCACAGCUAACAAGGGGUCAGGACAGAAUGUUCCAUCAGGGAUUGUGAAAGUGACGUUCACCCUGUUUAAUUAGGUUUGACUCAUUUUUAAUAUUGUUGCUGUUCUGAAUUCAAGCCAUGCAAAAUAGAAAACCAUAAUGAAUACACAAUUGGGAAAUGGUUAACUAGUUAAUCUUUGUACAAUGAUACAUAAAACAAGAACUGCUUUGGAUAAUCAAUUUCUAUGUACAUAGUAAUUAGUAUGUAUGUAAUAAUAAUAAUAAUAAUAUUAUGCACCUUUCUUUUUCCAGCUGUGGUAUAUAAAUAGUCAGCUGUAUAUUUUUACCUAAGUUUAAAGAAAUUCCACUAAAAAAAAUGAAACAUUUUUGUAAUGAGUUGGUAUGAAUAAUAAAUACUUUAAAAUCA